CUCUGGCCACACAUUUGACAUGCAAUUUCGGACUAAGUAAGUCACUAUGCUUUAGUCCUCUACACCAAAACAUGAUCAAGAGGUAUCUCAUCCGAAUAUUCCACGUGUCAAGCAAGCGGUGGCUAGGAUUGAUUACACAGUCCACGUCAGCUCUCUAGAAACGGCUCAAUGCUCUUGUCCUUGACACUUUUCUUCCACUUCUUCUUCAUCAUCUUUAAUCGUUGGGAAAAGUUUGAUGAUACGGAGUGGACAAUUCUUGGUGUAGAAGGAGAAUCUGAGAGAGAGAGAGUCAUGGAAGCUCUGAAAACCGCAACUUUUAGCCCUAUGUCGGUGUUAUCCGAGAAAAGAUCAGAACCACGAAAGCCUUUCUCGCUCCCUAACCUCUUUCCACCAAAAUCACAGAGACCAAUCUCCCAAGAAAGCUUCUUGAAGAGAUUCAAUGGUGGAUUGGCUCUUCUAACUUCUGUUCUAAGCAGUGCAACAGCUCCUGCUAAAUCCCUGACGUACGAGGAAGCUCUGCAACAAUCUAUGACCACUUCUUCAUCUUUUGAUUCGGAUGGUCUGAUUGAAGGGAUAUCCAAUUUUGUCACAGACAAUCCUUUGGUUAUUGCCGGUGGAGUUGCUGCAUUGGCUGUUCCAUUUGUUCUGUCUCAGGUUCUGAACAAGAAGCCCAAAUCAUGGGGAGUUGAGUCUGCUAAGAAUGCUUAUACCAAGUUGGGUACUGAUGAUAAUGCUCAGUUGCUUGACAUAAGAGCUACUGCUGAUUUCAGACAAGUGGGCAGUCCUAAUAUUAAGGGUUUGGGUAAAAAAGCGGUUUCUACUGUUUAUAACGGUGAAGACAAGCCUGGUUUCCUGAAGAAGCUUUCUUUGAAGUUUAAAGAUCCUGAGAACACCACAUUAUACAUUCUGGACAAGUUUGAUGGAAACUCUGAGCUUGUUGCUGAAUUGGUGGCUCUUAAUGGAUUCAAAUCUGCUUAUGCGAUUAAAGAUGGUGCAGAGGGACCUAGAGGCUGGUUGAAUAGCAGCUUGCCUUGGAUAGAGCCAAAGAAGACUCUCAGCCUUGAUUUAAGCAGUUUGACGGAUAGCAUCAGCGGUGUAUUUGGUGAGAGUUCUGAUGGUGUAUCUGUCGCUCUUGGAGUAGCUGCUGCUGCUGGAUUAAGUGUUUUUGCAUUUACAGAGAUUGAAACCAUACUCCAACUACUAGGUUCAGCUGCACUUGUUCAACUUGCAGGCAAGAAACUUCUAUUUGCUGAGGACCGAAAGCAAACUCUAAAACAGGUGGAUGAGUUCUUGAACACAAAGGUUGCCCCUAAAGAACUUGUUGAUGAGUUAAAGGAAAUAGGAAAGGCUCUUCUUCCUCAAUCAACAAGCAACAAAGCUCUCCCAGCACCAGCAACAGUAACAGCAGAAGCAGAAUCAGCUACAGCUACAACCACCACAGUCGAUAAACCAGUACCUGAGCCAGAAACAGUUGCAGCUACAACAACCACUGUAGAUAAACCAGUACCUGAGCCAGAGCCAGUGCCAGAGCCAGUGCCAGUGCCAGCGAUUGAAGCUGCAGUCGCUGCACAAGUAAUCACAGAACCAACCGAAACAGAAGCCAAACCAAAACCUCAUUCAAGACCUCUCUCUCCAUAUGCAUCGUACCCUGACUUGAAGCCUCCAUCUUCUCCGAUGCCAUCGCAGCCCUGAAAACAGCUAAGAACAGUCUCUCUCUCGUUACUUAGUCUGGUUUUGUCCUCCUGCAAACAGAAGAACAAAAGUGGUCGAAUAUUGUAACUUGUUCUUUUUUCUCUCGUUUUUUCUCCCGAACUUAGAUGCUACUUUGUGUCGAAUCUGAGAUAAGUGGACUUUGUUUUGUUUUUCUCCCUUUAUACCACCAUUGAGUUCAAACAAGAGUCUGUCAUCGCGUUAAAGGGGAUCAGAAGCUGUGUGAGGGGUGUAUUGGACGAAAUAAAAGUUGUGGGGAAAUUUCCAAAUAUCUUGUGAUUACUGGAUCUUGUGGGAUAGAUCUCUUUCUUUCUCUU